UCCGUCUGUCAGCCACAGGACAGUGUGUGUGUGAGUGUGUGUGAGAGAGGGAGUGUGUGUGUGUUUCAGUGUGAGUGGAUGUUUUUAUUCAUGAGAGGCGGACGACAGGAGAGUUCUACCGUUAUCUUACUUGGACUUCCAUCUGUUUUGAACUCUUUCCAGGACUGUGAGGCUCUGCUGCUGAGUUACCGGCUGGCUUUUUGUGCGUGACCACAGCUGGACAGACAGACGGAGGCUAAACAGACAUCGUGUCGGGGAUCAUAAAGGCUGUCGUGUUGCCGGGAUCGUUGCUGGCUGAUCUACCAGACCUGUAUAUUAGAUAAAGAGCUCCCAUCAGAUCAGCUGUACUGUGGCUGACCGGUGACCCCGAUCCACAGCCUAACCCCCUUCUGGGUCACCGCUGAGCUAACAGAGGUGGUCUGGCCGGACCUGAUGUGGAAUUUGACCCCGACUGACCCUGUCCCACAACUAGCCUUUCACUGAGCCCGGAUUUGGAAAAAGGAAUAAAAGACAGGGGCGACUGAGAAGAAAGGAGGAAGAAAGAGAGAGAAGCGAGAGCAGCAGCAGCGGCAGCAGCACAGUGACCGAUCCUCCAGCAUGCCGGUUGAAACGCUGCGGCCUUCAGACGGCCGUUUAACCGGAGUUCCCUUCACCUCUGCCAUGCCCUUCAGGAUACUUAACAAGGGCCCGGAUUACUUCCGUCGCCAGGCUGAGCCCGGGGCCCGUAAACUGAGUGCGGUGGAGCGCCUGGAGGCCGACAAGGCAAAGUACGUUAAGAGCCAGCAGGUGGCCCUCACCCGUCAGGCUCCUAUCAAACCACCAAUUAUCCGCAAGCCCCUCGUCCCUCCGGGAAUGAUGUUUCAGUGCCAGAUCAGCACCCCUCCAGCCCGCAAAUUUCCCCGCUGCCCAGUGGAUUUGGAAAACAGAGGAGGAAGAGAGGGACCAGGAGGGAGAAGAGGACCUGCUCUUAACUUGGAUAUUCUGAAUAAUCUAAUCAAUGAUGUGUGUGAUGGACCAUUGCCCAGUUCCCAGUCUUCUUCCUCUACCUCCCCCUCCUCAUCAUCUCCUUCAUCAGGAGCUAAGAGCAUCGGCAGCAGCCUGUCAGCAGAACAGGAGAGGAGCAACAGGCUCCUCAACAACCUGAAACCUUUGAAUCACGGCAACACCAACUCUUCAUCCAACUCCUCCUGCACUUCCUCACCGCUCAGUAACAACCUCCGUGCCCCUCCAGCAGAACUCACCCGACGUCCACCCCCGAUUCCGGCACGAGCGCCACGCAUUGGGGUUCCAGUGCCCUAUAGCUCCCCAAACUCAGUGACAGUACGCAGGGUGGAUGUUCGGCCUCAGGCAGAGAUAAGGAAGCCCCAGAGGGCCCAGCUGCAGAUCAGGCCCAGACAGACUCCGCAAGGUCAAGUUGCACACCCCCAAGUUCCACCCCCGCCCCCACCCACUCACAACCAACCCCAACCUCACACACAGCAGAGCACCCCCCUACAAACUCUGCCCUCCCCUCCCGCCUAUCUGCCACCCAGUCCCAUGCUGGUUCGAGCGGGCAUGAUCCCGCCAGCCUCCCCCGCUUUCACCCGUAUAUCAAACAGCAGCUCCAAGGGGUCAGCCCGUAAGCACCCAUCCUUGCACCGCUCCAAAUCAGACCUGAGUGACCGUUAUUCUCGCGCAACAGCCGACCUAGAGCGAUUCUUCAACUACUGCGGGCUGGACCCGGAAGAGGUGGAGGUGAUGGGCGGAGUGGAGCGCUUCACAAGAGCCAACUCAGACAUUGUUUCCAUCUCCAAGCUCCGCAGCGUCAGCACGCCCAGCUCGGAGUGCGGAGAUGAGGCUGACCGGGCGAGGGAGGACGAGAGAGGCGAGGGCGAUGAGGAUGGACCCGCCAGAGCCAAUGAACGGGUCCCCUACGGCAUCUCUGUCAUUGAGAGGAACGCUCGAGUCAUCAAGUGGCUAUAUGGCAUCCGUCAGGCCCGAGACACUAACAACGCCGUCUCUAACGUAUAGACUAACGAGGACUUGAAGGAACUGAAAUAAGCAAACAGGGAAGCAGAACUUUUUGUAUGUAUACACACGUCUUUUUAUCUGGGCUGCAAGUCAGGACUGCCUCCCUGCAAGACUCGAUGGACCGUACAUUUCCUUUUUCCUUCACUUGAUCUUGUAUAGCAAUACUGGUAUACGAAAGCAAUAAUAGACUGGUAUAAAAGACGAUGGUGAGGAUGAAGCCAGGUGAUGUUUGCAAUUGUUCCUCAUGUAAAGGUACUUAAUGCGUGUGUGUAUGUGUAUGUGUGCGUGUGCGUGUGUGUGUGUGUGUAACAGAGAGCUU